UCACACACACAUUGGGGGGGUCCCACACACAUUGGGGGGGGGUCCCACACGUGUGGGGGGGUCCCCAACCCUCCACGUGCCCACGGGGACAAGCUGGGGGCGGGCGGGGGGGGAGGUGGAUUUUAGGCGGAUUUAGGUGGAUUUUACCCCCCCGUCAACACCGUGGCUUUAUUUAGGGCUGGGGGGGGCUUUGCCUCGCCCCCCCACACCACCAAAAGCUCCUUGCCCCCCCCCCCCCCCAAAAAAAAAAUAAAACCCGGCCUGGCUGCAGAGUGCAGGGCCGCGCUGCGCCCACACGGGCCUGGCUUUUGGGAGGGGGGGGGGGAAUAAAUUUUGGGGGGUGGGCAGCGAAAGGGGAAGGUGGAGGAGCCCCCCCCCCCCAGCCAUGGGUGCCCCCCCCCGGGCUCUUUCCCCUCCCCGGGCCUGGCCAACUUUUGUUUGGUUUCUGGGGAUUUUGGCGGCCAGGCCGGGGAGGGGGUGGGGAGCCGCUGGCUUUUGGCACCGGCCCCCGAAACGCGCACUCGAAAGCGCCUUUGCUUUGGGGGGGGGGCCCAGAGGCCUCCCUGCACCCUCUGCUCGAUGGGGGGGUCCCCACGAGCCCCCCCAAACCCCCCCAAGACCCCCCCAUCCCCGCCACCGAGGCCUGGAAGCGCCAGGCUGCGUUCGGCCUCCGCUUCAAAACACUGAAAGGAAUCAAACCAAACCACCCCAAAACCUCGUGUUCCCCCCCCCAGGACCCCAAACCCCCCCCCCAGGACACCCCUCAGGGCCUGGCUGUGGGGUUGGGGGCCGGGGGGGGGACCUGAGCCCCCUCGGCCGCUGAGUAAUCCCAUUUCUCGCUCCAGCGGAGCGGGCAGGGCCCGUGACUAAUGGGGCGCCCUAAGGAAACACUGCCUGUCCCCAUGGGGGUGUUUGGGAUUUUUUGCCCCCCCCCAGGACCCCAAAACAAGUGGGGGGCUCAGCAGGAGCAGGAGGUGGCGGAGAAAGCCAGGGCAAAGAGGCGCCGGGGUUGGUUUCCCCACCACGUGUGCCUGGGUCCCGUCCCCCCCCCUAAAAAAAGCACCGGCAACACGAGCGGCCCCGGCUCAGCCCCCCCCCCAAGUUUUGUUCCAUCUUUCACCAAAACCCCCUGAUUUAUGCCCGGAAACAUCUCCCGAGGGGAAACUGAGGCACGUGAGCUGGGGGCUGGCACCACCAGGGCCCAGUAGGGGUUUUGCUGUCCCCCCCCCCCUCCUGGGGUGCAAGCGGCUGGGGACGGCGGUGGCACCCCAUUCCCUGACCCCAUAAGGUGUCCCCCCCCCUCAUGUUGUGGCCAGGCCCUUAUUUUUUAGAACCCAUUAUUAAAUUUUUAUGGGGACCGGUGCUGCUGCAGGGCCCCGAGUGUCACCCACCCCCUUCACCAGGUGUUCGGGGCCUUUUUGGGGGCAUUUGGGGCCUUUUUGGGGUCUUUUUGGGGUGGGCAGGCUCAGGCCCUUGGGGACAAGCCGAGCCCCCUCAGCAAUGCCCUUUGGGGCCAGCUGGCCCCGGUGGCAGCCGGGUGGGCACGUGUGGCCCCCCACAAGCUGGAUCCACGUUAAUUAAUUAACGAACUCCCCCUGCCCGCCCCCAAAUCGCCCCCCCCCCCCGUCCCCAACGGGGCCUGGCACGGCCGGGGCCCAGCUGGGCAGCUCCGCCCCCGCUCCGGGCACCGGUUGCAAAGUCCAGGAGCAGAGGUUGGGGGCAGAGUCCGUGCGGGGGGGGGCACUCAUCCUGCCCCAUAGCGUGCCCUCCCACCCCAGCCCCCUUUUUUUAUUAUUUUUAAUUAUUUUUAAUUUAUUUUUAAUUAUUUUUAAUUUAUUUUUAAUUUCUUUUGCCCCCCCAUGCAAGGACAGGACGGUGCCACCUUCCCGGUGAUGCCCCCGGGUGCUUCAGCAGCUGGGUGGGCUCUGGCCCCCUUGUCCGGGGGGGGGUCCCAGGGGUUUGGGGGGAGGCGUUUCCAGCCCCCCCCAGCUCCUCCCUGCGCUGCUGUUGGGGUAUCUCGGCCCCCAGCCCCUUAUCUCCCCUCCCCAAACUUCCCCGCCCGCUGCUGCGCCCGGAGAUGCCGCGGCCUUUUCCAGGAGGACCCCGUUUUGGGUGAAAAAAGGCCAGAUAAGGGACUAUCGCCCCGUUGGGUGCCCCUGUGGCCGCGCCCUUUUUACAAGGGACCGGCCCCCAGCACCAUGGGGACAUUCAGCAGUCACCAAGGGGUGGCCCCAUGGCGUGGGGGGGGUCCCCAACCCCCCCCUAUUCCACGGGGUCCCCGCCGCACUCCCUUUGCCCACCCACGACCUUGGCCAAGGACGGCUCCCGCUGUGGGGCCGGGGCCGUGGCACCGUGCAGCGGGGCGGGGGGGACAGAUUUGGGGACAGUGGCACCCCGGGGGUCCCCAUCCCCGGGGGGGGGGCUGCGGGGCCGAGCACCGGGGGCUGGAGCCGCCGCGGUGGCCCCACGUGCGCCGCCUCUGCUCGGGGAUGGAGGUUUUAAAAAUAGCCGGGCCCGCUCCCAAGGCUUUGUAGCCACGUUGGGGUUGGUUUUUGCCCCCCCCAAGGGUGAAACCGAGCUCAGGGGAAGAGGCUCCGUCCUACAGGAGCCGGGGCAGACAGUGGGGUGGCAUUUGGGGGCCCUAAAAGGCUCCGGGGGGGGCCCACGGUGGCCUGGGAGGACCUGCAGAAACGUGAUCCGCCCCAAACGUCCCCGCUGCUGGCGGGGCCGGGCUGGCCGCCCGCCCUCUGACUCAGAUUUUCUCCUCCCGUCCCCCCCCCCAGCACCAAAUGGGGACGGAGCCCGGUGGCGGCAAGGCUCCGGCACGGGGGCGCGACGGCGAGGCCGAGUUUGGUGCCAGCGGGGUCCGUUCUCGCCCCUUCCCCAUCCCAAAUCCCCCAAAUGGACCCGGGAGCUGCGCCGUGGCCCUCAGAGGGCUCCCACGCGUGGGCCGUGGCCCCGAGCCCGGGGUGCCGGCGAGUGGAGAUCGACGAGAUGCCAGAAGCCGCAGUGAAAUCGUCCUCCAACAAAUACCAAGUCUUCUUCUUCGGGACCCACGAAACGGCAUUCCUGGGGCCCAAAGACCUCUUCCCCUAUGAAGAAUGCAAGGAGAAGUUUGGGAAACCCAACAAAAGGAAAGGGUUCAGCGAAGGUUUGUGGGAGAUCGAGAACAACCCGACCGUCAAAGC